CCGCCGAGCCUCGCCGCCCCCCACCCGGGAAGUCCCGGGCCCCUGCCCUAUGUCCCGCAAGGCGAGCGAGAAUGUGGAGUACACGCUGCGGAGCCUGAGCAGCCUCAUGGGCGAGCGGCGCAGGAAGCAGCAGGAGCCGGACGCGGCGAGCGCGGCCGGGGAGCGCAGUCUCCUGGCGGCCGCCGAGUCGAGCGCCAGCCUGCAGAGCGCGGGCGCGGGCGGCGGCGGCGUCGGGGACCUGGAGCGCGCGGCGCGGCGGCAGUUCCAGCAGGACGAGACCCCCGCCUUCGUGUACGUGGUGGCCGUCUUCUCCGCGCUGGGCGGCUUCCUGUUCGGCUAUGACACCGGCGUGGUGUCGGGGGCCAUGCUGCUGCUCAAGCGGCAGCUCAGCCUGGACGCGCUGUGGCAGGAGCUGCUCGUGUCCAGCACGGUGGGGGCGGCCGCUGUCUCGGCGCUGGCCGGCGGGGCCCUCAACGGCGUCUUCGGCCGCCGCGCCGCCAUCCUGCUGGCCAGUGCCCUCUUCACAGCCGGUUCCGCGGUGCUGGCCGCGGCCAACAACAAGGAGACGCUGCUCGCCGGCCGCCUGGUCGUAGGGCUUGGCAUCGGCAUUGCUUCCAUGACAGUGCCCGUGUACAUUGCGGAGGUCUCCCCGCCCAACUUAAGAGGUCGAUUAGUCACCAUCAAUACCCUCUUCAUCACCGGAGGCCAGUUCUUUGCGAGUGUUGUGGAUGGAGCCUUCAGUUAUCUCCAAAAGGAUGGAUGGAGGUACAUGUUGGGACUUGCAGCAAUUCCAGCAGUUAUACAGUUUUUUGGCUUUCUCUUUUUACCUGAAAGCCCUCGAUGGCUGAUUCAGAAAGGACAGACUCAGAAGGCCCGUAGAAUUUUAUCUCAGAUGCGUGGUAAUCAGACCAUUGAUGAGGAAUAUGAUAGCAUCAAAAACAACAUUGAAGAAGAGGAAAAGGAGGUUGGCUCAGCUGGACCUGUGAUCUGCAGAAUGCUGAGUUAUCCCCCAACUCGCCGAGCUUUAAUUGUGGGUUGUGGUCUACAAAUGUUCCAACAGCUCUCAGGCAUUAACACCAUCAUGUACUACAGUGCAACCAUUCUGCAGAUGUCUGGUGUUGAAGAUGAUAGGCUUGCAAUAUGGCUGGCUUCAGUGACAGCCUUCACAAAUUUCAUCUUCACGCUUGUGGGAGUCUGGCUUGUCGAGAAAGUGGGCCGCAGGAAGCUUACCUUCGGGAGCUUAGCAGGUACCACUGUAGCACUCCUAGUUCUUGCUUUGGGAUUUCUGCUGUCAGCGCAGGUUUCCCCACGCAUCACUUUUAAACCAGUAGCUCCAUCAGGACAGAACGGUACUUGCACAAGAUACAGUUACUGUAAUGAAUGUAUGUUGGAUCCAGACUGUGGUUUCUGCUACAAGAUGAACAAAUCAACUGUCAUUGACUCCUCCUGUGUUCCAGUUAAUAAAGCAUCUACGAAUGAGGCAGCCUGGGGCAGGUGUGAGAAUGAAACCAAAUUUAAAACAGAAGAAGUAUUUUGGGCUUACAAUUUCUGCCCUACGCCAUACUCCUGGACUGCACUUCUGGGCCUUAUUUUAUAUCUUGUUUUCUUCGCACCUGGAAUGGGACCAAUGCCUUGGACUGUGAAUUCUGAAAUAUAUCCCCUUUGGGCAAGAAGUACAGGAAAUGCAUGUUCAUCUGGAAUAAAUUGGAUUUUCAACGUUCUGGUUUCACUGACAUUUUUACACACAGCAGAGUAUCUUACAUACUAUGGAGCCUUUUUCCUUUAUGCUGGAUUCGCUGGUGUGGGACUCCUUUUCAUCUAUGGCUGUCUUCCUGAGACCAAAGGGAAAAAAUUAGAGGAAAUUGAAUCACUCUUUGAUAACAGGUUAUGUACAUGUGGCGCUUCAGAUUCUGAUGAAGGGAGAUAUAUUGAAUAUAUUCGGGUGAAGGGAAGUAACUAUCAUCUUUCUGACAACGAUGCUUCUGAUGUGGAAUAAUUUUCAGCUGCUGAUAUAUUGAGGUAUUUAAACAAACCUGGGGGACAAAAGCAGCAAUUGGUGACCUCAAUGCCCUGCUUUUAAUCUGGAUCUUUCCAGUCUAGUUUUGAAUGACCUCAUCUUCUAGAAUAUUUGAUUAGGAGGAAGAUACAACCAUGAUGACUUUUUUUUUCAAAAGCAGAAAUGUAAAACAAUAUUUAGAUAUUUUAAACUAAUAAUUAUUGAACAAAUGUAUGUAAUUCCUUCCUGAGGUAGUCUAAAAUGAAUAUUGUAUCCAGUGACUUCAGUGGUAUCCUUUUUUCCUAAAACCAUAUAUAAUUAUUAGAGUCAGUGCUAAUCUAGCUUAAUCGUAUAUGUAGGAUAUACUUAUGAAGAAGGAUUCUGGAAUAAGAUCCAAGGGUGUUUUCUGUCAAAACAAGGCCUAUUGGCCCUAAAUUUUCCUAAGGACAAGUAGCUUAUCUGUGAUCAGCUAUUAGAAAGUAAAUUCUAUUUGAGCUUUCAACAAAUUCAGAAGUGCCUCCCACAGAGGCACGGUUGUCUUUACCUCCUUUGGAUUCCACAUUUUGGUCUCUCUCUCCAAAUCAGAUCUUUAUAGAGUUCUUCAGAAACUGACUCUGCACAGGACCUUUUGAACAUUAUGAAAAGCAGGUCUUUUAGGGUUUAUUUUCAUACAUAUUUUUUGCAUUGGUGAUAAGUAUCCAUUUGCACAGAUAAGCUAGCAAGUUUUGAUAAGUAUAUUUUAUUGCUAGAAAGUAAGAAAGAAAACAUUUUUAUGGAUCCCUGAUUUGAGUUAGUCACUUAGGUAUGCAACUGUAAACACAAAAUAGCACCAGAUCUUCGAUUGUAUUUCAGGGUUUCUGUUCAUGCCAAAAUCACCUGAUACUCACCACGCCUUCACUCAUCGCCUCUGGAGUCCUACUAUUUGUGCCUUCGUUUGUUUUAAUAUAAAUAGCUGCUAGCAGACUAUUUUUCCCCUUCUUUUAAUCAAAUAAUUCCUGAAACAAAAAAGAAAGAAAGAAAAUCAGUGACAGAUAAUCCUGCUGUUAUUGAUAUUUUGUUUAAUAGGGCGACUUAUUUUUUCCUUAACUUUUUAUUAACUCUUAAGAGAACUGUACUAGUCUUUUCUUACUUUAAGAACAUAAACUCGUUUUUAUUUUGCACACCCUUUUCUCAUUUUCCUUCAGAAUUUUAUCAAAAAAAGAUACAGAUUUGUCUGUGGGUCUUUC